AUGGAACAACAUAGCAGCACCAAUUCGUUCGGAAAACGCGACAAUGAGGAUCCACUAAGCAGAGAAGAAUAUAUGUUAAGACCACAAAGAGAUGAAUAUCUGUUAAGGCACCAAAGGGAAAUGUGGGAAGAUCAUCAAGACUCGAGAAGAGGCUCAGAAUCGUACGCUUCAAGAUACUAUAGAAAGCAAUCGAGGAGAGUGGUAGAUAGCUAUAGACCAAGCGAUAGAACAAAUAAUCCAUAUUUUCCUCGAGUUCCACACCGCAAUCAUGCGGCUCGACAACCUCCGCGCCUCGGUCCUGGUACGCGUGAGACCACUACUCAGGGAUCGCAAACUUCACGCUUCGACACUGCGAGAACGUCGCUUGGCAGUGUUACGGGAUCUGCAGGAGCAUCAGAAGACUUCGAGUCAGCUCCACUAGUCUCAUAUCCUGUAGAAGCCGUCCCUUCCCCAGAGAGAGAAGAAGCCCCUUCAUCGAGAGCCGAAGAUGAGUACGAGCUCCUUUCCGAGCAUGCCGGAGGCCCAAUACGCCGCUUCACCAAGAAAAUGUGUGACGUUAUCACCGAAACGAUUACAGAAAAUUCCGACGAUGAUUACAUGAGCGCGAUAGAGAUUCUCAGCAGAGCGUGCAAUAACGUUGCAGUGAAAACCGGUACAUAUCUCGAAGUACACGACUGUUGGUUGUACUGGCGCAAGAAGGGUAUGCAAAGAGAUAUCGCUCCACGCUGGCCAGAAAAUCUAGAUGAUGUCGAUGAGGAGGUGGAAAAGUAUAGGCAAUUGAAGACUGCCAAGUCUGAUAGCGCUAGAGCAGCAUAUGCAGCUAGACUGGCUACAACACCAGUCCCUGCUGGGAGCUCUGCCACCGCUGAAACUACCGAGACUGUCGCGGUACCAGGCCCAGCUAGAACUUCUAGGUAUUGGCCUCAAGAAGAGAAGGAUUUCCUUUUUGAAAUGGUGAAAGCACGUAAAGAUAAGCAAUAUCGUGUGAAAGCCAAGAAGUUCUGGAUGAUGGUUGGGGCAGCAAUGGGACGAGAGAAAUAUACUAGAACAUCGGAGGAAUACCGCGAGUGGUUUGAGAAGCAUGGUCGCAGAUACUUCAACUACGACGAAACCGUUUACUAUUCGCGGCCUGGCGAUCGUCGUGUCAGCGCUGGCAGAAUGCAACAUGGGGUUAUGACACCAGAAGACUCUCCAGUCGGCGAUGCUAAUAGGAGAAGAAGAGGAGGUUCGCAGCUGAAUAGCGGCAGGGUGAAACCUCGUGCUUCCAUGGCGCAAAAAUCACCCAGGACUCCCAAGACGCCCAAACCCGUCAUGCCACGGAUGUCAAGUGUGGUAAUACACGACAUGAACAGUGUGGCGAAUGGCUAUAGAAUUCGGGACAAAACGGCAAAAAACGCAGAAGAGUAUCCUCUACAAUUAAUCACGCCAUCUGCCGGCGAGCGCUUUGAACCUUUCACUACCGAGACGCGGGAAGCCUAUGAUCCUCCUCCAUCCCCAGCCGCCAGCCCGCCCGGAAGUCCUUUGUUCGUAACCGAAGAUGAGCCGCAGACCGACCGGAAUCUCGUCCCGUUAGCUCGUGAAUCGAUCAGUUCUCGCUCGUCACCCACGCCUGCGCUAACCAGCGAUCAAUCCGCGAUACCAGAUGAGACAAAAUCGCCUAGGGAAACAUCGGAAUCGGGCGAGACAAUGACGUCAAAUGAAGGAAUCUAUUCUAUAGACCCAACGGCGUCAGACGAAAGAAUCGAUUCCAGAGAGACAAUCUCAGCAGAAGUUGUGCAUACACCAUUCUCACGACCAAACGAAACAGAGGAUGCAGAGGAUGGUGUACAAUGGGUGAGCGAUGAAUGGGGCUUCGCCACUCCGCCCAUAAUGCGACCAAGUGGAAUGGAUGAUAGGGCACCGAUGGAUAAUCAAAUUGAUUUCAACUCCAGCCACAUCUCCGCAAGCACAGAUUCAAGCGAUCCUUCCACCUCCGCAACACCUCCAGUCUUCGAUGAUUCUCUGACAUCAAACGAGAAAACCGAAGAGAUCCCCUUGUCCCAGCCAGUCUCCACAAAUGAUAUCGAGUCCGAAAACAACCACAGCUCGGAAUCAGAGGCACAAUUGUUACGAGAACAACAGGAACGGACCGAUCUCGAAAUCUCUAAUUUGCGAGCGAAUUAUCUGAGAAUCAAAGAAGCAGGAGACGACGACAGGAAGAAAUUAGAUGAUACCGCGGAAGAAUUAGUUAUUUUGAUCUUGAGGAGAGCCGAGCAGCUGGAAAGCCAGACUGCUAAUCUAGCCGAGAUGCAAAGAAUCGAGGCGGAACUUCAGGAGAAAGAAAAUGUCAAACAGGCUUUGAGUAUUGCUCUUGAAGAACUGGAGUUUUAUGGAUAG